AUGGGAAUCCCUACGCGAGAUAGAAACCGCAUUAGCAAGUGCAGACUUGCACCAAGAAAAAAGUGGACAGAAGCUGUCAAGGGAAAUAUUGUACAGUUCCUCACCACCGAACAGCUACUGUGUGGACCAUUUGCUGAGAGACCAAAGUCACUACAAAGUGCAGCUCUACAAGAUGCCCUCGAAUGCACCCAAUGCAGAGAUCUACAUAUUAUCCCAUAUAUGAUGAAUGCAGACAUUGCUAAAGGCUCAUAUAUCACGUCGCAAUACCCACCUUUCUUCACCAGCAAAAUCACACUCGAUGAUUACAUAUCUCCUUCCGACACAGACAUAGUAGCCCACGAAUAUGACAAUACGACAUUUUGGGAAUAUAUUACGCCCGCCCAACAACAGCGUUACUACGACAAGAUCGACACUAUCCUCAAGAAGGCCGAGGCUGAGUCAGGAAAGCCAAUAGAUGAAGCCACCGUGAUUUUCGCCCACUAUCAAGUGGACUUCCACAUCCGCCAACACUACCUCGCCCCCGGAAGUAUCCUCAAUCUAUGCCGCUCAAAGGAUGAUAUUAGGUCGCUGACCCACUGGCAAUGGAAGUGCGCCGUAGAAGAUGAGACCGCGUUCACAGAAUUCCCCGACUGGGGUGUGGGGUGGGUGCAUGAGCCGAGUAAUUCGCUCGGCCACCAGAUUGCAGCAUGGCGGAUGGGAGAAAGAGGGCGAGAGAAGCAUCUCGCGGAAGUGCAGGCCCGGUGGGCCGAGAUCAAGGACGAGAGACGAAAGCAGAGAAUGCGGACAACCAGAAUUUUGUUCAAGGGCAAGCAUGUUAGGACUUACAAGUAUGAGCUAUGUGGACCAUGUCCGACAGAGAAGGAGAUUAUGGAUAUUGCAAUGCAAAGGGGUGAUCAUUAUGAAUCCUUCGUGGAUGCUAUAAAUACAUGA